UUUAUGUUACAGUGGAAUUUAUCCGUUAUUUCACUUCGUCUAAACAUCAAAAUGGACACGAAUUUAAAGUUGUAAUAAUUUGAGGUGGACUUCAAAGAGUCAUGGUAUGGCGUGCACUUGUUUCGAAGAGAUGGGGAUGUUUUCCAGGAGCCACAAGGAGUUGGGGAUAAUGGAGGAUGAGGAUGAAGGAACAUGUUUUUGUUGUAAAGAGUUCCUUAGAUUCAUUGUUAUGUUCCUACAAGCAGUAGUUCUGAUUGGGGCCAUAUCAUGUCUGGCUAUUGGAAUCUAUACCCAUGAAGUUGAGUAUGGCAGUAGACAAUUGUCGUCUUUAAUAGGAGCCUCUAUGUACCGGGCUGAUUCUGUGAUGAUGAUUGGUGGAGGAGCUGCAAUCAUUGCUAUAACUAUGUUAGGAUUUAUUGGAGCUUACAGACAACACAAAUGUAUGGUUGGAAUGUAUCUCUGUAUCUUUGUCUUCUUGGCUCUAAUGGUAUUUGCUGCAGGCAUACUUGGAUAUAUAUUUAUAGCACAGUUAGAGGACAAUGUAAGAAAAUCAAUGGAAGAAAGUUUAAAGAAACAUUAUGGAGUGGUAGUAGAUAAGAAGAGAAAAAAUGAUGAUAUAACAAAAUCCUGGGACUCCAUUCAACAAAGUUUUGAAUGCUGUGGAGCUUAUGGUAGUGAGAACUCCUCACAUUCCUGGGCUCUUUACCAGCAGGAAACUUUCUGGUUUAUUGAUAGUUACUCCAAUGGAAGUUUGGUACCAGAAAGCUGCUGUCUUAUAAAAUCUCCUAAAGAUCAACACGAGCUUGACUUGUGUACAGGGAAAACUUCGUCUGAUCCCAACUGGCCACCAACGAAACUACCACCUGUGCUAGAGACACCUCUUAAUUACACUCUCUAUACUACUGGUUGUUAUGACAAGCUGCAUGAUUAUCUUAUAAUGAAUGGCAUAAUGAUUGGGACAGCAGCUAUAGUUGUGGGUGUUUUUAUGAUUGUUUUGCUGACAUUUGGGAUAAUAUUUUAUCGGAACAUGAACUCCUCUUAACAUUGUUGUUGUUCUUACGUCUGUGAUAUGUAGUCUAGUCUAGAAGUACUUAAUCAAGAUAAGCACACUCAGAAUGGUAUAGGAUGGUUUUAUUUCUAACGGAAAUCACAAAGUCUUUUAUUAUGUUUACCCUCUACUAUAUAUGUACAAAGAAGAAAAGAACAGGAGUUUUUAUGACUUAUCUUUUGUAAUAGGCAUCAAUCUUCUUUUAUUAGAGACAUAUGAAUAGUAUUGUAAUAUUUGUACUAGAAUAGUUAUAUUUAGGAUUUUUGUCUGUUAUUAAAUUUUCUUUUGAAUGACAUUUUGGUUACCUGUAGAAAUUUACGCUCUUUCAUGUGAAGAAAAAGCAUAUGGUUCUUACAGUUUUCCUUUAAAAAAAUGUAAAAUAACAUUUAAUUCUAUAACCAUAUAACUUCUUUGAUCAUGGGUAUAUUAGUUUUCUUUUUAUUUCUUAUGAAUCAAGUAAAACUAUAGUUUUCAUGUUAAAAAAAACAUAAAAUCUUACUCAAAUUUUCUUUUUAAGAAAUUUGAAAGCUAAAAGAGGUAUUCUGGAAAUUAAGAAAACUUUUAUAUUCCGUGUGUUGCCAUCACUAUUUCUUCUUAACUUUAAUUCAAGUCAGUAUGAUUUAUCUUGGUUAUGUAAUUUGUAUUUGACAUUCCAUGAAAUUACUUUGUAAAUAGGAAAGGUGUUUUAGUAUUGUUUUUUUUUUACUGAAACAAUUCAGGGAUGGAAAAAAGUACAAGUAUUUUGUUAAACGUUGUUAUAAAUUAACUUCUUGUAUGAGAUUAUUUUUAUGAUGGAAUGAAUUAGUGUAUAUAUUUUUCUAACAAAAUAUUGAUUUGUUAUCUAUGAUGAGCAAAAGAAAUAACAUAAAUAAUUUUAGUAAUAAGUAGGCAUUGCUUAAAGAGAAGGCCCCUUUAGCCGCAGACAUUAUUGUUACAAUAGCUAAGUUGCAUAUUUUUUCUAAAAUAUUGGACUUUUGGGGCAGAAAGUUUGAUUGAGAUAUAAAAAAAAAACACAUCAAAUGUUUAAAAUCUAGUGUCUUAAUGGUUAAAAUGACAUAAAAGAGACAAUAAACAAAAUUCAAUAAGGCAAGGUCCAUGAGAUGUUUUUAUGAUUUUUCUCCUUAACAUUUCCUGUUUACACUCACAUCAUUCACAAUUGCUUUGUUAUUAUUUGCUGCUUUUGUUUAUAACUUUGCUUGAAAAUAUGCUUUUUAUAAAUGUUCACACAUUUUAGUAAAUACUAGUGAAGCUUUAUUAAAUGAGAUAAGUCUUAAUGUUUCAUUCUCUUCUCAAUCAUUGAUAAAUAAUACAGGCAUUUUAAAAUUGUAGACAUAUAUAGUUUAACAUAGCAGCCUGUUAAGUAUGAUGGUAAUUUUAUAUGUUUGUUUCUAUAGUUUGAUACAAUGAAAUCGUUUAUCAGUGAAAUAAUGUAGGAACAUUGUAUUAAAUUUUUGGACCACUACACAAAAUGUUUGUAAAAUUUGAAAACUACAUUUCCUUAAAUAAGACGCAAUUUUAAGAUUUUUUAAAAUUAAUUUGGUAGCAGGUUAUGAGCUUUCUUUAUUGGUGUGUUGAGAUCAGGUAAAAAUGUUGGACUUCUACUUUAUCAAUAAAUUUUUCCUUCAGAAUUUUCUUGAUUUAAAUUUUGUUUAUAGACAGUAAGUAGCAAUUAUCCAAGAUAAAACUAUUGUGUUAUCAUGUAAAUAGUAUGUAAAUAUAUGAAUGGCAUUAAAUAUUAUCUAUUGUAUUGGAAAUAAAAAGGCAGAGUCUCAGCUACAGUCUCAUAGAAAGGCAAUAUCUCUGAGAUUAGAUGUAGCCAAGUAUUAUCCUUGAGAUGAAAGGCAAUAUCUUGGAGAAGAGAUGUAUCCGAGCAACAUCCUUGAGAUGAAAGACCAAAGUUUAUAGGUUUUUCCCUAUUUUCUUAGGCAAUGUGAAUGUUGUUGGCCAGUCAUAGUAAAAUAUUUAAAAAAUUAUUGAUAAUAACAAUUCUAUUUUAGCAUAGAUUAUUGAAAAUAUUAAAACUGUUACCAAAUAUAUAUGUUUGAUAGAAUAUAGCAGUGCUGUAUAAGAUAGGUAUCUAUUUUAACUUAAUUGAAAUAAGGAUGGAUGAUUUUCAUUGAAAGCAGGUUCUUUCAAUUGCUCAAGAAUAAAGAGAUGAGUUGUGUUAUGAAACAUGUUAAAAAAAGUAUUAUGCAUUCCAUAAUUAUUGAUUACAUAUCUAUUUAAUAUAAACAUAUCAAAGAUAAAAUAUAUUUGCUGACUUUGUAUAUAUUUUAAUUAAAAAAUAUAAAGAAAUGAAUUACUUGAUUUUUAUCCCUUUCAAUUACACUUAUCAGUUUAUUUCAUUUAUGCAGUUUUUUUGGCUUUAUAAAUUUGUAUUUAAGCUUUGUGAGGUGGGGCUGUUGUCAAGUUCUUGCAUAGGCUAUGAAGCCUAUCUGAAAUUCAUGAUUUUUUUAAUUUUGAAAUAUAAGAAUGAUGAUUAUUUAUAACAUGUGCAUUCUUACUUUCGCUUUAAAAUAUAUGAAUUGAUUUUCUUGUUGCAAUGUGUAAAAAAGGUUAGCCUUUACAGUGUGUAAUAUAUUUUCUUGUGUUUUAAUUGAAAUUUAAAACUGUUUAUCUUUUUAUCACUAAAAAUAAUUAUUGACAUCAUAUAACCUGAUAAUACUCGGUGGUUAUAUUUUACAAUAAUUCAAUUUUCCUUAAAUGUGUUGAUAAUAUGUAUCGAUCUUGUUGCCCUGAAUAUGGAUGAAAUAAUUGUUGCUGGAGGUUAAACAAGCAACAAUCGAUUGAACCUGGUAAGGAAUAAAAGAUUAAAA